GGUGGCCUCGUUCGACGCUCUCGGCCUGUGAGAGGCUGGUGUGUAUAACGCGCUCUCUGGUUAGAAUGCUGCGGCGACACGCUUGCGGGGUCGGGAUGCCUGGGCGGUCCACCGUCUCGGAACAUGGACGACCGGAGCAGAGCGCGCUGCGCUGGAACGAAGGCUUCGUGCUGGGGCUGGACGUGGGCAGCUCGGUGAUCCGCUGCCACGUCUAUGACCGCGCUGGGCGGAUCCGUGGCUCCAGCGUCCAGAAGGUAGAGUGUCUUUGUCCUCAAAUUGGCUGGGUUGAAAUUGAUCCUGAUGUUCUUUGGCUUCAAUUUGUUGCUGUAAUAAAAGAAUCUGUCAAAGCUGCAGGAAUAGAGAUGAAUCAAAUUGUUGGUCUUGGCAUCUCAACACAAAGAGCAACUUUUAUUACAUGGAACAAGAAAACGGGGAAUCAUUUUCACAACUUCAUUAGUUGGCAAGAUCUAAGAGCUAUUGAACUUGUAAAGUCUUGGAAUAGUUCCCUUACAAUGAAGCUAAUACACAGUUCCUGCCGAAUGCUUCACUUUUUCACUAGAAGUAAACGAUUUUUAGCAGCCAGUUUGUUCACUUUCACAACCCAGCAUGUUUCUUUGAGAUUGGCCUGGAUUUUACAGAACCUGGUUGAGGUGCAAAAAGCAAUUGAAGAAGAAAAUUGCUGCUUUGGGACUGUUGAUACCUGGUUGUUACAUAAGCUCACAAAAGGUUCUGAAUUUGCCACAGAUUUUUCAAAUGCAAGUACAACUGGACUUUUUGACCCAUAUGAGAUGUGUUGGAGUGGCCUAAUUACUUCUCUGCUUUCAAUACCUCUUUCUCUCCUGCCUCCCGUGAGAGAUACAAGCUUCAAUUUUGGAUCAGUGGAUGAAGAGAUACUUGGUGUGCCUAUACCAAUAAUGGCCUUGGUGGCCGACCAGCAAUCAGCCAUGUUUGGAGAGUGCUGCUUCCAGACAGGUGAUGUGAAAUUAACUAUGGGAACUGGGACAUUUUUGGAUAUUAAUACUGGAAAUAACCCUCAGCAGAACGUUGGAGGCUUUUAUCCGUUAAUUGGGUGGAAGAUUGGGCAAGAGGUUGUAUGCUUAGCUGAAGGCAAUGCAGGAGACACUGGUACUGCCAUAAAAUGGGCUCAACAACUAGAUCUUUUCACAGAUGCUGCUGAGACUGAAAAAAUGGCCAAAAGUUUGGAAGAUUCUGAAGGAGUUUAUUUUGUUCCAUCUUUUAGUGGAUUGCAGGUUCCAUUAAAUGACCCCUGUGCAUGUGCCUCUUUUAUGGGUUUGAAGCCUUCCACGAGUAAAUACCAUCUUGUACGAGCAAUACUGGAGUCAAUAGCUUUCAGAAACAAACAGUUAUAUGAGGUGAUGCAGAAAGAGAUCCAUAUUCCUGUAACAAAAAUCCGGGCAGAUGGAGGAGUCUGUAAGAACAGUUUUGUAAUGCAGAUGACUUCAGACCUGAUUAAUGAGGAUAUAGACAGACCCAUCCACCUUGAUAUGUCCUGCCGAGGUGCAGCUUUUCUAGCUGGCCUUGCUGUUGGGUUUUGGACAGACAAGGAGGAACUAAAGAAACUGAGGCAAAGUGAGAUGAUUUUCAAGCCACAGAAGAACUGGCAAGAAUAUGAGACGAGUAUGGAAAACUGGGUUAAAGCAGUGAAGCGCUCCAUGCACUGGUAUAACAAGGCAUAGCACAUACAGAUGAGACAGAGCUCAGGAACACCAACACAAUGAUGACUGAGAGGAGAUUUAAAAUGAGCUUUGCAACCUGAGGAAAAAAACAUUGCUUUUUUGGAAACAACAACAGCAACAAACAAAAUUUUUAAAACCCUCAUUUUUUUUUUACCCAAAUCCUUGGAAAGAUUACAAGGUAGCAGUGCCUCAGAACUUUUCUAUCUUCUGUUUUAUAGUGAAUUCCAAAGGAUAUUAACCAUUUGUAACUAUAUUUUGACAGAUAUGGGUCUUCUUUUUUUAAAAUACUGGGUUAAUGGUACAUAGGAACAUAAUUGUUUACUCUUCAAAUCAAUAGUCCUGGGUCAAGACCACUCACAUUUUGUUCCAAAAUUGUAUGGAAAAUAUUCCUUUAUUUAAAACUAAGUGAACUCUUCGAAGUUCAUAUUGCUAAAAAAUAGAAAGGAUAACUGAGGAAAUGUGGAAUUCUAAAACACUAAUAUUUUAGAUUUAAAGCCAUAAUUAUUUCAUGUUGUAUCCAAAUACAAACUCAGUAAGUCCAUUC